AUGUACACUCGAAUCCCGGAACCUUCGAUGACCGUUUCUUCGAUGCUUUCUGGCAAACGACUUCUCAUUUCCUAUGCUCCUGACUGGCUCAUUACUUUUGUUCUCUCCGCUGCGUUCUUCUCGUUGGAUAAGGUGGAUGGUUUCCGGCGGCACUUCUCUGUGGGCGAUCCGACGAUCCGUUUUCCCUUUGCACACCACGAGCGGGUUCCAAACUUCGCCCUCUACAUCAUCGCUAUCGUCUCUCCGGCCAUUUUACAGGGUCUGACAAACCUGGUAACACUUCGAAGUUGGUGGGACCUCCAUAACAGUCUCCUUGGACUUGUUUUGAGUCUGUCUAUCACAGGCUCAGUUACUCAGGUUACAAAGCUAACAGUCGGGAGGCCUCGUCCGGAUAUGCUAGAUAGGUGCCAGCCAAAGCCUGGCUCAGUGGACCCUAUUUUUGGCCUUUCAGACUCGUCCAUCUGCACCACAGUGGCCAAUUCUCCCACCUUGAUGGACGGCUUCCGUUCUUUCCCAUCUGGUCAUUCCUCUCUUUCGUUUGCCGGGCUGGGCUUUCUUGCAUUUUACGUUGCUGGCAAAACCCAUUUGUUUGAUAAGCGUGGAUAUGUGGCGAGAGCAUGGCUGUCCCUGACACCGUUCAUGGGGGCUGCGUUGGUGGCCAUAUCACGUACAAUGGAUUCAAGGCAUCACUGGCAAGAUGUCCUUGUCGGAUCCAUACUCGGAACCGUCGUCAGUUACUUUGCCUACAGGCAGUACUACCCGAGUCUGGCCUCUGAAGUCUCCCAUCUACCCUAUUCGCCACGCAUUUCCGAUGAAAUGGCUUCGAAUCUUCAUCCGCGCCGCCCCAGCUCGCGACAAUAUAGAGAUGACCAUCACCGUCCAACUGGUGAAGAUGUGUUCGAAAGUGGUCCUCUUGAAGGCACAGUGUUGCGAGACGGACCAAGCUCCUUGCGCGAAACUUGGCACAAUGACCAUCAGGAAUCAGAAACAUCUGCAUUGGGGCCUCGUCAACAAACCAGGAGUGGAAUACCGUUAGAAUCCGUCUAG